GAGAUAUCUUAAAACCCAAUCCAUGAUUUCAAUGAAAAUAAAAAGCACUUGCGUAAAACCCACUUGAUUACUUCAUCUUCCUUCACCUUUCUCUCUCUUUUCCCUUCUUCUUCAUACUCUCUUAACUUAAAUCCUAAGUAUGAUUAAUAUUUAUUUUCCUAAGAAUUAAGAAAAUUACAUUAUAAUGAAUUAUAAAGCUAUAAUCUUUACUUUCUUUAAAUAGUGCUUGCUAUAUAUAGUAUAUAUAUCAACAACACUUGACGUGUAUGUGUCUGAUCUCUAGUUUUUCACUAUCGUACAAGAAGCUUAACACUUCUCUAAUUCUCUCUCAAAACAUGUAAUUUUUACUUAUAAAAAGCAAACACUUCAUUUUUUUUUUUUACACUAUAGUUUUUGUCCUUACAAAAAUAUUAUCAUCUAUCAUAAAUUCUUAAAAACAAAGUAUGGGGCGCCAUUCUUGUUGUGCAAAACAAAAGUUGAAGAAAGGGUUAUGGUCUCCUGAAGAAGAUGAGAAGCUCUAUAAUCACAUUACUCGAUUCGGCGUCGGUUGCUGGAGCUCCGUCCCUAAGCUUGCUGGUUUGCAAAGGUGUGGUAAGAGUUGUAGGUUGAGAUGGAUUAAUUAUUUGAGACCAGAUCUUAAGAGAGGAAUGUUUUCUCAAGAAGAAGAAGGUCUUAUUAUCAACCUUCAUCAAAUUCUAGGAAAUAGGUGGGCUCAGAUAGCAUCACAGUUGCCAGGAAGAACUGAUAAUGAGAUAAAAAACUUUUGGAACUCAUGUUUAAAGAAGAAGCUAAUGAAGCAAGGGAUUGACCCACAAACUCAUGAACCUAUUAUCAGCAACAACAACAACAACAACAACAACAACAACAACAACAACAACAACAACAAUGGUUGCAAAAACACAACUGAUAACCAAAAAACACUCAAAAUGGAACAACCUUAUCCUCUCAGCACAACAGAACUAACAAAUACAAGCGCAUCAGUAGUGCGCAGUUGUUCACUCUCAUCAUCGUUGAACUCACAGUACAGUUUAUUACAACCUGCUACUUAUCUUGGGUCUUCACAGAGUUAUCUUAGUCUACUUAGGCCAAUGAUUGAGUCACAGGCGCAGUCACAGUCGCGGUCGCAGUCGCAGCAGUUCAUGCUUCCAAGCAGCUUCAUUGAUAAUUUGGAGGGAGAAACUUUAGGUUCAGAAUCUCUGAUAUUCAAUGAAGGGAAAGAGUCUUCUAGUAGCAGUUCAAACAAUAAUAAUAAUAUCAUGAAAAAUUCUAGUACUGCAAGGUUUUCCUGGGAAAGUAGCACUGAUGAUCAGCUGAAGAACAAGUUUGAGUCAGAAAUUUUCUGCCAGUUUUCUGGUAAUUAUGGUGGAGGGUUGAUCAAAAUGGAAGAAGUUAGUCAUGAUCAAACAAGUUCAUGGGAGGAGGAUCAGCUGAAGUCGUUUUCAUUGCCUGAAGAUUUAGUAACAACAAGUGGUGGGAAUUUCGAUUACUUUUUGCAGCACAUAUCUUGAAGCGAUUCAUAUAAGUUCCAAUAAGUUCUGAUAAAUUUUAAUAGGGAACUCAUAUAUACAUGAAAAGCGGUUUGUUGGGUACAUGUGUGAGUAAUUAAAUCCCAAUUCCCACAUCGAAAAAUUAUACUGGAGUGUUCUAUAUACGACUUUAAUGGGUUCAUUUCUUAUUACCAAUUAGUUUUGAGAUGGAAGCUCGAGCUACUUUUGCUAUCUAUAGUCUUAGCAAGUAUACCCCGAGAUGUUGAAAGAGCAUAUACAGCACUUAAAGAUGAAAAGAAAAAUGAGAUUUGGGGAUUGGUUGGGGGUGGGAGGGUUAUUUGAGGGUAAUCAUUUUAUUUGUUGAUCCUAAUUUGAUUAUUUAUUAGUCAGUUUGAUGGGAUUUUUCGAUUUUGACGUCUAAUAGUGAGAAAGUCAUAAUCAAGAUGUUAUUUUGUGAUUGCUUUCUGCAUUCUUUACAGCGGGAGAAAUGGUGAAUAGAAUAGUGGUGUUAAUUUGUUAUGAUGCUAUCUCAUGUAUAGAGUCUUAAAUUGAGUGAAAAUAAUUUUGUGGUCCAUAAAUUCCUGUCUCCCAUAUAUAUGUAAUAUGUGUAACUAGUCUUAAAUUGAGUGUAACAAGAAUUUGGUGGUC